UAGAGCCCCUGUGUUUGGCGGGAAUUACUCAAUUCAACUCAAUUAAUUGAAAACCCAUAACACCUGCCUACAGGUUGCAUGGUUGUCGGAUCUUUCUACAGCAAGACUCAGAUAGACAAGAAUGGAUACUUCAAGGCCAGAGGCACCUCAUAGCCAUCUGCCAUUUGGAGCAGAUGGAUCUGGUUAUUACUCUGACAACACGAAAGGAUGUUAUUUUGUUAUUCAAGAAGCAAUACCACUAAUUCAACAAGCAAUUGAAUCAUUGUCUAUAACAGACCCCAAAAGCACAUUUAACAUUGCUGAUUAUGGUACAGCUGAUGGAGGAACAUCCAUGCCACUCAUAUCAUCCUGUAUUCAAACAUUAAGGUCAAAGUUUGGUGAAGAUCUCCCAAUUCAUGUCAUCUAUGAAGACCAGCCAACCAAUGAUUUUAAGUCAUUAUUCUUGAGAGUAAAUGGUUUGAUUCCCGGAUCUGAUGCCCUGUUUGAAAAGUUCUCGAAUAUCUACAUAACAGCAUGUGGGACAAGUUUUUACAAGCAAUGCCUUCCACCUCUUUGUGUUGAUCUUGGAUUCUCAGCAACGUCAAUGCACUGGCUCAGCAAGAAGCCUUGUGAUAUAACUGGAGGACUGCACCAUACAAUGAUUAAAGACGAAAAUGAAGCAAAAUUAUUCAAGGAACAAGCUGCCAAAGACUGGCAGACCAUUCUUGUCAACAGAGCAAAGGAAAUCAAACCAGGUGGAUUCCUUGUUUUGGUUCAAUUUACAAUAGACGAUGAUGGUCAAUACCUAGGCCAUACCAAAGAGAUAAAGAAUUGCAUGUUCACAAACAUGAAAGAAAUAUGGCAAGAGAUGAUGCAGGAGGGUCGUUUAAAUAUGGAAGAAUAUCAAAGGACAACGUUUAUCAACUAUUAUCGCACCGUUGCUGAGUAUUCCGCUCCAUUUGUCAAUGAGGAUUCACCCGUUCGAAAGGCAGGUUUGAAGCUGUGCUCUAUUGAAACGAAAGUUGUUCGAUGUCCUUAUAACCAACGAUGGAGAGAGCAGGGAGGAGACCCCCAGAAACACGCAGAAUGGUUUGUUCCCACGACGCGAACUUGGAGUAACCACACAUUUUUCUCGGCUCUUUCCUGCAACCGAAGUGAAGAAGAACGGAGAGAAAUUGUAGACGAUCUCUUUAAACGAUAUUCGAAAAGAGUCGCUGAAGCCCCGGCAGACCAUGGCAUGGACUAUGUGCAUGCGUAUAUUGUAAUAAGGAAGGAAUGAAUUUCUAAUUCUUUUGAAUGGUA